AUUUUUUUUUCGAUCCUUUCCUUUAUUGAGGACCAAAUGAAAAUUUAGGACUCCAAAUUAUUCGUUUAUGUCCAAAACCAAUCGUUUAAAUUUCCCAAUUGUAGAUUUGCCAAUCGGCUUCCCUGUUUUCGUCGUCUCCACCGCAUCUUCUCUGCUAGCCAAUCCGAAUAUCCUCAAUCGAAAUACCACCCAGAAUGCAAGAAACCAACGCCGUUCACCAAGUACUCGUCAAGCUUCUCGAUGGCAAGCACAGAACCCUAAAUUUUUCCAGCCAAUCCGUUCCUGUUCAAACCCUAAAACAAAAGAUCCAAACGCUAACUCUAAUCCCCGCUCCGCUACAACUUCUGCUAUCUUCCGACUCCCGUUGCGCUUUACAGGACCACCAAACACUCGAUUUCGAAACCCGAUCACAACAAAAACCCGUUUCAGAAAACAAGUCGGGCAAUGAGUCCGGCUAUUUCCCCGUGGUGAUCCACGUGUUACUCCGGCUGAGAGGUGGAAAAGGUGGGUUCGGUUCGUUGCUCAGAGGGGCGGCAACGAAGGCCGGACAGAAAAAGACAAACAAUUUUGAUGCUUGCCGGGAUAUGAGUGGAAGGAGGCUCAGGCACGUUAACGCCGAGAAGAAAUUGGAGGAGUGGAAGGCUGAAUCUGGAGAGAGGAGAUUGGAGAAGAUGGCUGAGGACUAUAUAAAGAACAAGGCCAAGGAAAUGGCUAAGAAGGAGAGCGGGAGUAGGAAUAAGAAUGGGGAGAGCACGGAAAAGUAUGUGGCCAAGUACAGAGAGGACUCAGCUAAGUAUGUGGAGCUAAUUGAGAAGUCUGUGAAGGAGUCACUUAAGGGAUGUCUGUCUUCUAAAAGGAAAGCUUCAGACCUGAAUAAAUCAGAUGCCAAGAAGCUAAAAAUAUGGAAGGGUAAGAGAAUAAUGGACAGCAGUGACAGUGACAGUGAGGAUUCAAGUGACAGUGAUGAUGAUAAAGAUGCAGAGGAUACGAUUUCUAUUGUUAUAGAUAAUGGGAGUCGUUCUGAAUCAAGUGCGGAACCAAGUAGAAGUGGAAAAUCUGCUAUGUGCGGAAAAUUUGAUAUGGCUAGGUCUGAGGAAGAUGAGAAGGUCAACAUUGUCCAAGGCUGUUCUGAAGUUUGUAUAACAAGUACUGAAGGGCAAACAGCUCAGGAUGAUGGUCAAAAGGAGACCAGACUGACUCCAGAACAUGGAUGCACGUCUUCUCCAGAGGAAAUGCUAAAGAUGUCUGACAAUGAAGUGUCCUGCAAUCCUGAGCUUGUUCUUGCUAAUGAAGUGGUUGGUCAACCCACAAUCCAGUCUACUUUUGUUCAGGAUGCCAGCGAGCAUUCAGUCUCUAAACCUGCUGUCAUAGAAGUAGAAAUUUCUGCAACUGCUCCAGAUAAAAAUUUGAUUAUGCCCUUGAGUUUUGAUGGGAUUAACUCUUCUGCAGAAUUGGAGGUUCUUGGUAUGGAUAGACUUAAAGCAGAACUUCAAGCUCGGGGGUUGAAGUGUGGGGGAACAUUGCAAGAGCGCGCUGCAAGGCUUUUCCUUCUCAAAACCACACCUCUAGAUAAGCUUCCAAAGAAGUUUUUUUGCAAGAAAUGAUCAUUGACAUAUCUUGUUUGGAGUUUCUCAGUUCUCACUUGAUGGGUUAGUAUUUGUGUGACAUGUGUAUUCAAGCAGUGAAUGCAAUAUGGAGGAAAAAACAAAGCUUAGAAUUUGUUUCUUUGCCUAAUAUGUAAUUAUGAAAUUACGUGUUAGUGUUUGAUCAUGUCUUGUCCUCUAUUUUCCUUGCACUCUGAAACAGUACAGAAAUGAAAACCAUCAUAAUAUUACAUUUUACACUUGUAGUUGCCCCCCCCCCCAAAAAAAAGACCCACAUCAUCCCGGUACGAGUUUUUUUUAUUGAGGUGCAGUACAACUCUUGUAAUAUAUUCACUCUAGUUUAUUUUUCCAUUUUGAUGAACUUGUUUGGAAUAUUCUUUGGAAAAUUACAUCAACUGCAAUUAAAAUUA